ACCAGAGCGAUGCUCCAUGUCCAGCGCCUUGAUCGGGUCCAUCUUGCUUCGACAGUCUCAAAAUGACAAGAAACGUAGCCGUGACUGUUUAGGAUCGCGUCUCUUCACGGCACAUGGAUACAGUCAGUAAACUGAAUCAAUGACAUGUCUUUAAAUUGAUUGGCAAACCAUUUCUCUGCCAUUAGAAAUGACGAGCGACAUAGUGCACGAAGGUGUGCCCUGCGAGGCGUCCGAGGCUGACGUGAAGCAGGUACAAGAGGAGCUGGGCUAUGUACCCAAUAAUCUCGUCAAGGUGAGCGCAUUUGUGGAUAGCAACGGCCGCACGUCGCGCUCUCGCGACUCCGAGGACCACCGCCCCGCAGUUCUUCUGCUCUACCCUUUGCGCAAUGCUGAGGACGCCUACAAGAAGAAACAACGCGCCAAAGUGGAGCCUUUCCCGACUAUCUAUUGGCUGGCAUCCACUGAGCUCAAAGCCAGAGUAUCCACGCUAGAGGACCAGCAGUAUGUGCUGUCGCUGCAGCAUCGCUUGGACACCGACGAAGCAGCCAAAGAGAAAAUGGCACAGAGCCACCGCGAAUACGCAGAGCAGCGCUGGAACAUGAUGACUGCACAUGAUCUAGAGCUCGUCAAGGGCCGGUGCUGGGAGUUCGUCCUGCGCGACGUGGGCAUCGCUGGUAUCCGCGACUUCACCAACGUCAAGUGUCUGCACACGCACUACGCACACUACCUGGCCACGGGGAACAACCAAAUUGGCGAGUGGGUACAGGAGCUCCUGGACAGCACAGAAACCUGAGCGGACAGAAGUGCUCUAGUCUCGCCAAUCGGUCUUCUAUCGCAGCUUCCCAACGAAAGACUAAUCCCAUUCAAAGCUGAUUUUUUUUCUUGUUGCCUCUGCCGUUUAAGAGACGUCGCGUCGCCUCUCCUCACUACCACGACCAUUUGAUGAGAUACCUACCUACAGUCAACAACAGCACCUUCUCCUCGUCUACCCAGUGCCGCAGCAAUCGGACUUUGCCUGCGUUCGCUCCACGUUGGAGUCUAAAGACACCCGACUCGCACCCGACACCUUACGCAUCUGGUGGUUCGAGUAGUCAAAGUUGCGCAAAAUCGUCGUCGCCGUCAGCGCAAAUGCCUGGCAAAUGUAGCAAGUACAUAACAAAUAUCCUUUAGUAUCAAAUCUAGUCAAACA